AUUCAGUCAUCAGCUGGAAAGCACGACGGGCAUAAAUAUUUGCACGUGUCCGGACGGGAAGCGACGGCACGGAAAGAAUAGGAUCUGCGCCGGAGUAGCGUGGGCGGGAGCGUGGCGGGCGCGCGCGACCCGGCCUGUGGCUUCGACCUGCUGUGGCGGCCGGCUGCGCUUCUCGGCCCGCCGCUAGCGAGCCACGCCGCCUCCGCCAGCCCCCUGGGCGACUCGGCGCGGCCAGCGUCGCCACAGCAGCGCUGCCUCGGCUCGCACGCGGGCGCGGCAGCCGGGACCGUCAGGCUGGGCGGAGCCAGCGAGCUGCAGCCGCAGCUGGAGACGUCGGCGUCGGCGUCGGCGUCGGCGCAGGCCGGCCACAGCCACUUCCCGCCGCAGGCGUCGCCGCUCGCCGGCAAGACGCUGCUCGGCGCCAGCCUCGUGGGGGCGUCCCGCGACGCCAGCGACGCCUUCUGGAAGAUGCCGCACAAAGGGCACAGUGGCAUCAACCAGCUGGGCGGCGUCUACGUCAACGGCCGCCCCCUGCCGGACUCGACGCGCCAGAAGAUCGUCGAGCUGGCGCACUCUGGCGCGCGCCCCUGCGACAUCUCCAGGAUCCUGCAGGUCUCCAACGGAUGCGUCUCCAAGAUCCUGGGCAGGUACUACGAGACGGGCUCCAUCAAGCCGCGAGCGAUCGGCGGGUCCAAGCCACGAGUCGCCACCUCCAACGUGGUCAACAAGAUUGCCGAGUACAAGCGUGAGUGCCCGUCCAUCUUCGCCUGGGAGAUCCGCGACCGGCUGCUCUCCGAGGGCGUCUGCACCAACGACAACAUCCCGAGCGUGUCGUCCAUCAACCGCGUGCUGCGCAACCUGGCGGCGCAGAAGGAGCAGCAGGUGACGGCGCAGAGCGAGUCUGUGUACGACAAGCUGCGCAUGUUCAACGGCCAGGCGGCCGGUUGGGCAUGGUACCCGGGGGCGCCUCCUACGCCGCACCUAGGCUUGGCGCCCGCGGCGGGCAUGCUGCCCGGACAGGCGGCGCGCGAUGACCUCCACAAGAGGGUGACGGGGGAGCUGUCGCACGAGACGACGUCUGACGGCAACUCCGAGCACAACUCGUCGGGCGACGAGGACUCUCAGUUGCGCCUGCGCCUCAAACGGAAGCUGCAGCGCAAUCGCACCUCCUUCACCAACGAGCAGAUCGACUCCCUCGAGAAAGAGUUCGAGCGCACGCACUACCCGGACGUGUUCGCGCGAGAACGCCUAGCGGAGAAGAUCGGCCUGCCCGAAGCCCGCAUACAGGUGUGGUUCUCGAACCGGCGCGCCAAGUGGAGGCGCGAAGAGAAGCUGCGCAACCAGCGACGCGCCGUCGAACAGGCGGGGGCGCCCACCGCGCCCGCGGGACGCCUACCGCUCAACUCCGGCUUCAACUCCAUGUACUCCUCCAUCCCGCAGCCCAUCGCAACCAUGGCUGACUCCUACAGCUCCAUGUCGACGAGCCUGAGCAGCAUGGGCGCGGGCAGCUGCCUGCAGCAGCGCGACCACGGCUACCCGUACAUGUUCCACCACCACGACCCACUGCACUCGCUCAGCUCGUCGUACGCCAGCCACUCACGCGCCGCCGCCGCCGUCUCGGCCGCCUGCAACCCGGCCGCCGCGCACGCGCAGAGCGCAGCCGCCGCCGCCGCCGCCGCCCCCGGACACGCGACGCCGUACGCCGCCGCUGCCGCCGCCGCCGCCGCCGUCUCCUCCGCCUCCACGCCGGCCACCGCGGGCACAGGUGUGAUCUCGGCGGGCGUGUCGGUGCCGGUGCAGAUCCCCAGCCAGGGGCCCGACCUGACGUCCAACUACUGGCCGCGGAUCCAGUGAUCGCAGCUGUUCGGGUUCCCGCCGGCGCGCCUGCUGCUACAGCCGCCGGAGGACCCACUGCCGCCGCCCCCGGGGCCCGCCACCGCCGCCGUCGCCGCCCCCGCCGCCUCCACCUCGACGGGCACGGGCGAGGACACGCCGCAGAGCUGCUCGCCGCAGUCCCCGCUGUCGCAGGCGCUGCGCGACGCUUCCUCGCUGGACGCGCUCAGCCUCGCAGCCGCCGCCGCUUCCGCACACCACCACCAGCAACGCUGAGCGCGCCAGGAUCACACCAUACGCACACGACAUCGGGCACCGCGAACCACAGCUUCCCUCCGCAACGCGUCUCAAAUAAAAAAAAAAAAAUGAUAAAAAACGUUGGUCACUAGACGCAGCUGAUCACCAGCACGGUCAAAGCAAUCCGUGGGCGUCGUGAUUCCUUGCUGCCUCGCCGUCUGAAAGUGAGACUCUUCCUCUCUUUUCGACAAAAGUCUAUGAAAGAAACUGCAGAGGUGGGCUCUCUCACCACCAGUCAACAAGGCUUACAAAAAGCUACUACUACAGAACGAAUGUGGGCAAUAAAGAUUGUUGUAUUUCCACAUCCUCCUCACCAUCUGGUGCGUGUAAUUUUCAGUGAAGUGCUUCGUUAAAUUUGCAGUCAGCAGAGAGAUUUGUAACUGGGCUUCUACAUACGGACUGGAAGAAAAAUGUGGUUGCUGAUCCCUUGAACUUGCAAAGCUAGCACAUUUUUCAUCUUUCCCAGUAACUUUUUUUUUUUCCCAUUUCAGCAUAUUAAAUAUGGCACAUGAAGGGCACAUUCUUGCCCUUUCCUUUCAGUAACAUUUUGCUUCAUUAUAUUGUUAAACAACCACUAACUAAUGCCAAAGAAGUGAAUGUCACUAUUUUGAGAAGCUAACUCACUGUUAAGAAGUCUUUUACUUUCCAUAAAGUGUAGAAAAGAACAAUUACCGCUAAAGAAACAGUACCGAAUAACUUCCCAUUACACUUCCUUAAUAGUAAUACAGAGCAAAAUAGUGCCCUUGCAGUCUGCAGACAGGGUCAGUGGGAGCAGCUGGGGGGAAUUUACUUUUGUACUUCUAUCUGUGCGACAUCUGUCACAAAAUUAAAAAGGCAUACAGUCUUCUGUGACAGAUUAAACAAUUUCUACACAAGUAGUAUUCAUUAUUAUUUCCCACUGUGCAACACUUAACAAAUUGCAAAACUGGUGUCUUCAGCAGUGAAGAAUAUUCAACAGAAGAACAAUUUGAACCGGAUCACAGGGUACUUGUGAAUGAUAGCACUCACAGUAAAUACAAUGUAACCCGCAUACAACUGUUCUUUCAGCAUUUGUUGGGUUAAUACCAGCAAGAAAAUGUGCCAAAAAGUUUUGCACACAGAAAUUUUAAAAUUUUGAAACAGUGGUUUGAGUAUCCUUAACAGUAUUAAUUUCAUUUCUGUGCAGUGAUGUACUGUAUAGUCAUUAAUUUCGUAAUUGUACAAAUGCUUACACAGAAGUGUGUGUUAACUGUGUGCUCGGCAAAUAUAUUAGGAUGCAGUGUGUGAUUAAAGUAGGCUUAAUUUUAAGUGAACAUAAAUCGAGAAAACUUGACGAUAAUAAAACAAUCUGAUUAAAGUGAAAUAGGUAAAUGCAUACAUUAAACUCAUGUUCAGUCUUGGCAAUUUGAAUAAAUUGUAAAGAUAAGUAUUAUUUCAAUGUUUAACUAAAUAAUUUCCGUAGAAUCUUGACAUAUUUCAACAGACAUGGUACAGUUAGCCUACACACAUCACCUCUUUUUACAAUGUGAAAUGUAGGACAAUAUUGACCAUUUAACUCACUACGGGAUUUAAACCCAUUAUGAAUUAUAUUAAAAUUCUGAAGAACUACAGAAACUCUGUGAAACUUUUGGGUCCAAACCACAAAUGUAGAUAGUGCACUUGUACAUAAAGUUUCAGAAAGGACUUUUUGUUUAUUCUACAUUCUGAAAUAUUGUUGAGGAUUAAUGUUAGCUUCACAAGGUUUUGUAUGCAGUAAUAGCUUCCACAAAUUUCAAACUUCAUGUUCAAUGGCAACCGUGUUGGGAAAACUGUACCAAAAAUAUUUACUGGUAGUUUCUUGUAAUACACUGGCCCACCAUAUCCUGAACAUAUGGUGAACACAGAGAUCUUACCUAUCUGUACAGUGUUUUAAUGUAGCAGGGAGGCUAAGAUGAAAACAAUACAAGCAAGACUACUGUAUUUAAGAACCAAUCAUAAAGUAGUACACCUGUAAUGAAUUUCAGUUUGGGUUCUGCACCAUGAAUCUGAAAGGUGUGCCUUAUGAAAAGUCAGAGAACUGGAAGUAUAAAUUUACAUCACUUGGUAGUUAUUAGAUUAACAACAUUCAAUUCUCAACCCUCCUUGCUGCAUUUAUUUUCUGGUUCUCGAAUUAUUUAAUUCAUACAAUAGAUGUAAAUGUUUAUCUAAAUGUAAGAAAACAUUUUUCUAGUUCCUAAUGCAGUUUUGGUCAAAGUCCAGAAAGGUUUUAAACUGUUUUAUUUAGGAACAAAUUUUAAGAAAUAUGUUCAGUGACAACAAUGUAACAAUAAUGAAUGUCAUGUAUAUUGACUUUGUUGCUGUGAUUAUAUAAUAUUUAAAUGGAGUAAGCAAAACAUUGCAUAUCUGUCAGUGUGUAGAUCUUAUGUGGAUAAAGUAAUAAAAAAAGAAUACAAAUCUCAAAUGACUUUUAAUAAGUAAAGCGUAUUGUACCAGAAUGUGAAAUGCUUUACCCAUUUCCUCAGAAAUUUGCAUUAUUAAUAUAGCUGGUUGUAAUUCCUCUUGAAGUGAAGGUUUUUAAUUCACAUGCAGUAAAUAAUUCAUAUUAUCACAUAACAGCGUGUUACAUACACUCAUCAGCUACUUACACACAAAUAUUUAUAAGAAAAAGCAGACUGUAUUAAGACCCUGCAUAUACAGUCUAAAUAAAAACAACUUUCAUUGAGCCACACUCGUUUUCUCACCACAGUUUCUUCAUAUGGGCUAUAGAGGUAAAAAGGUAUGGAAAGAAGAUGAAAGGUUAAUCCACAGCUCCAGAAUCAAACAUAAAGAAGCAUUAUAGACACAAAGUCACCACACUGUUUUCUCAGUUCUCAAUACAGUACACUGCCUAUAAAGCAAACAGUAAUACUAUUUCCAUUGCACUUUUCCCAGUAUACUUGCAGCCCCAUAAUUUUUGUACCUCUUCUUGAACUGUUACCAUAGUUCUAGAUUAACAUUUCAGACACAUGGUGGCCAUGUUUUGGAGUUUAAAAAAUUUCAUGAGAAAAGAGAUCCACUGCAAUAUAGAAUGAUGUGGAACACUACAGCUCAAUUGUCAAACACACAUUCCUCUUAAACAGCACACAGAAAAAUGUGUGUGGGGAGAUGGAGGAACAGAGAUUUUACAACUGGUAUUUCAAGCAGUUUCAAUGUCUGAAUGGUUAAAUACUGACAAAUUUGCAAAUUCAUUACCUGACCCGUUUCAAAAUAACAAAUAAAACAUUGCAUGAGAAUAAAACAACACUUUAAGGUUACAUAGCAAUGUGUAUUUUUCUUUUCUUUUCACUGCAUCAUACUCCAUACAAUUUAUGAUAGGUACCAAACAAAUAUUUAAGGAUGGGUGGACUAAUUGGUGUCACGGUGAAAAAUAUAUUUGUAUGAGACAUGAAAGUUGAAAAAGUUUUAUUUAACUGAAUUCAAAAACAUCAAUAAAAUGUAUAAUACAUUGAACACAGUGACUGGUAUAAUUUAAAUAAAAUGUGUUAAACAGCUAAAAAUUUGUACAUGAGAA